AGAGGAGCGCCGGCUCGCUGCUGUGCUGAAGCGCACGGGAGCCUUCCCUGCCACUGAAGCCGUUCUUCUGCCUCGUCUUUUCUUUUUUUUUUGUUGCUUGUUUAGGUUUUUUGCCAGCCUCGGGGAGGGGCCGGGCAUCGGACCAGUGUAGACGGAUCGGAAAACUAUAAUUAAAGUGGGUUCGGUUGCUCGUGAGCUCGACAGCUGGGCUCGGUCCUCCUCCGGAGCCUCCCGGCCCCUCGAAGACGGCCUGCCGGGUCUCGAUUUCAUUUGUGUCCGCAUCUCCGGGGUCCAGCUGAUGACCCCCCAUGGCUAUUAACGCCAGUGCUGCAGCGUGAACAAUGCGGCUCGUCCCCGGAGCUAUUUUGUCCUUGUGCCACGGCUAAUGACCUUAAUCGUGCGGAGGGGACCCAGACAAGUCCGGCAGCGGCAGCCUCUUCCCCGGGCCGCCCUUGCCAUGCCCCUCUGAUGGUAUGGCGCGACGGCUCCGUCUGCAUUUCGGCACUCGCAGGAGCAACACAGAGCCGCUGUGGGAGGGCCGGCGCUGUCGCGGGGAGGACAGUGACCCCGGGACACCGGCGGAGGCAGGCUCGUGGCCAAGGGGGGGACCGGGCCAGCCCCUCUGCUCAUCGCUCUUCAUCCCUGGGGUUAACGGACACAGGAGCAGGAAGUGCACAUUUCAGAUCUGCCUGCAGCCACGGCGGGUGAGCAAGGAUGCCAGUGAGGAUGCUGGUGAAGAUGCCGGCACACGACCCUCCCCCAGCCCGGAUGAGGCCUCCUGUAGCAGCAGCGGGACCAGUGACUCGGGCUACUGCAGCGGGGGCAGCGCGGUUGAGCCCGAUGAUGUGGAUCGGACCCGGGCCACGGCACCACCCCCUCUCAAGCGCUGCUCCUCUCUGGUCAUCUUUCCGCACAAUCCAUGCCACACGCCCCCAGCACCGUCCGUCGACAGUUCUCACCAGCUGGCGCUACCUGCCGGGGAGCCCCAGGGGUCUGUGGCGAUGGCCAUUAGCAGCCUGCGCUUGUGCACGAGCGGGGGUGCUGUGUCAGUAUCCAGGGGUGCCAGGCCUGUGCACUGCACUGCCUUCCUGCCAGACGGAGGCCAGGAUGACGGCAGCGGCAGCACCGGGCGAGUCGCCGGAGCUCAGCGCUCCAGUCUCCUGCUGCGUUUUUCCCGGCCGUCCCGACACGCCACGGGGUCCUGGGUCCCCGAAGCUGGGGCUGAGAUCCGCAGGCCCCAGGCGAAGCUCUUCCGCAGCACCUCGGCCUUCUGGCCGCGCCCAGCUCCGGCAGGCAGGCUGGCGUGUGGCUGCCCCCGUACCCUACAGCGCAGCGUCUCCCUGGAUGCCCCGCGCACGAGCGUGCCCCUCCAUGGGGGAGUGAGCACCCUGGCGCAGGUGCACAUCCGUGUGUGCCACGGCAGGGUGGGCGGACCUUCUACAGUCCUGGGAGAUUUUCAUUCUCACUCGAGAAACGAUUCCAUCCAGAGCCAGGGACGGUGCACUGGGACGAGGGAUGACUUCCUGGGCCAGGUGGACGUUCCCUUGCACCAGAUACCGACAGAAAAUCCUAACAUUGAAAGGCCGUACACAUUUAAGGAUUUUCUCCUUCAUCCACGGAGUCACAAGUCCCGGGUCAAGGGUCACCUGAGACUAAAGAUGACAUACUUGCCUAAAGCUGGCGGCUCUGAAGAUGAAGCUGGAGAGCAAAGCGAGGAUUUAGACCCAGGCUGGGAGUUUCUGGACAGCCAGGAAAUGUCUGGUCCCCACCACCAUCACCUACUGCCAGUGCUGCCCCCUGGCUGGGAGGAACGGCAGGACAACUUGGGCAGGACCUACUACGUCAACCACGAGAACAGGACUACGCAAUGGCACAGGCCCACGAUGCAGGACAGUGAGGAGGCGGCGGAGCAGCGGAGGAGCGGGCACACGGACGCGAGGCACGCCUUUGCCGCCCGCCGGCAGAUUUCAGAGCACGAAGACGGGCACCGCGACUCGCCCGAGAGCUGGGAGAUCAUCACGGAGGACGAGACGACAGCGUACAGCCAUCAGAGCCAGCGGUCACCCUCGCCGCCCCACUCCCCCCUGGAGUUCCAUGCCCUCUGUGAGGAUCUGAGUCGGCUGCAGCCCUCCGGGGGGGUGGGGCCAGGGGAACGCCGCACCUCCCUGACGCCGCAGGGUCGUUCCAGUGCCCGGGGAAGCGCAGCCCAGACACCGGCAGAGGAGCACCCCGCCCUUACCAUGCUGUUACCGACCUCGGCAGGAUUGCCCCCGGGCUGGGAGGAAAAGAUGGACAGUAAGGGCAGGGUCUACUAUGUCAACCACAACAGCAGGACCACCACGUGGACCCGGCCGCUCAUUCAGACGACCACAGAGGCAGCUCAGACGGCCAUGAGCCCCACCCUGUACCAGCCCCCCCUGCUGUCUCCGGACGUGUCACCCCAGCACUCCCCCGGCUCCCGGCCAAAACCUGACUGCAGCUUCAUGCCCCCUGGCUGGGAGAUCCGCAGCGCCCCCAAUGGAAGACCCUUCUUCAUAGAUCACAACACCAAGACCACCACCUGGGAAGACCCCAGGUUAAAAAUCCCUGUACACAUGAGAAGACGACCUUCCCUGGAUCCUGCUGACCUUGGCCCUCUGCCACCCGGGUGGGAGGAGAGAGAGCACAGCGACGGGCGUAUAUUCUACAUUGAUCACAAUACCAAGACCACACAAUGGGAGGAUCCCAGAUUACAGAAUAGUGCCAUAACUGGUCCAGCCGUGCCUUAUUCCAGGGAUUACAAGCAGAAGUACGAGUAUUUCCGGAAGAAACUGAGGAAGCCGGCCGAGAGCCCCAGUCGCUUCGAGAUGAAGAUCCAGCGGUCAGCUCUCUUGGAGGACUCUUACCGACGCAUCCUGUCCGUCAAGAGGCCGGACUUCCUGAAGGCUCGUCUGUGGAUCGAGUUCGAGGGUGAGAAGGGCUUGGACUAUGGUGGAGUGGCCCGAGAGUGGUUCUUCCUCAUCUCCAAGGAGAUGUUCAACCCCUACUACGGCCUGUUUGAGUACUCAGCCACCGAUAAUUACACGCUACAGAUCAACCCGAACUCAGGCCUCUGCAACGAGGAUCAUCUGUCCUAUUUCAAGUUCAUCGGGCGCGUGGCCGGCAUGGCUGUGUACCAUGGCAAACUGCUGGACGCCUUCUUCAUCCGGCCUUUCUACAAGAUGAUGCUUCAGAAGCUGAUCACCCUACAAGACAUGGAGUCAGUUGACAGUGAGUAUUUCAACUCCCUGAAGUGGAUUCUCGAGAAUGACCCUACAGAGUUGGACCUGAGAUUUACGAUUGAUGAGGAUCUUUUCGGGCAGACUCAUCAACACGAGCUGAAGCCGGGAGGAGCUGACAUUGUGGUCAAUGACAACAACAAGAAGGAAUACAUCCAUCUCGUUAUCCAGUGGAGGUUUGUAAACAGAAUAAUCAAGCAGAUGACGGCCUUCAAGGAGGGGUUUUAUGAGCUAAUACCCCUGGAUCUCAUUAAGAUCUUCGAUGAAAAUGAGCUGGAGCUGCUGAUGUGUGGCCUGGGUGAUGUUGAUGUCAACGACUGGAGGGAAAACACCAAGUACAAGAAUGGCUACUGCGCCAACAGUCCUGUCAUCAUCUGGUUCUGGAAGACUGUGCUGCUCAUGGAUGCCGAAAAACGCAUUCGCCUUCUGCAGUUUGUGACCGGCACAUCGCGCGUGCCCAUGAACGGCUUUGCAGAGCUUUACGGGUCCAACGGGCCUCAGCUCUUCACCAUUGAGCAGUGGGGCACGGCAGACAAACUCCCCCGCGCUCACACCUGUUUCAACCGCUUGGAUCUCCCCCCAUACGAAUCGUUUGAGGAGCUGCGCGAAAAGCUUCACAUUGCGAUAGAGAACGCGCAGGGCUUCGACGGAGUGGAUUAGAGCGACGUUUCCCCGGAAGUGACAUCACCGCUGAGCGCGAGCGGCCGCACGUCGCGCUUCCGCAAAGUCUCCGCGCUCCACACCUGUGAAGCGGCCGAUGUCCCAGGUGUCUCCCCCCCUCGUGUGAUCCUCUCCUGCGGACCCCAAGCAGACUGACGUGGUGGUAUCCCUACUUAAGUGUUUGUAGUACUGAUCACCUGUAUAGUUUGGAAACUCUUAGCUUUUUAUGUGUCAUCCAUUUACUUAAGUAUAAUUUGUGUAUGCAAACCUCGACUGUAGCUUGGAUAACCUGUAGACCGGACACAGACACUGCGCUACAAACUGACAUGACAUGACAUCAGAAAGCGGCUCGCUGCUGUUUCCAGGAAGCUGACUUUAGACUUUGAUCUAGCCUUGAGUUAUUAGGAAACUUUAUAAACUUCAGUGUUUAAAGUUUCUUACACACAGAUGCAGACUUACUGAAAUACCUGACCAUCCCAGUCGUUAAAAACACUUUCCUUCUAUAACUGACUUGUUCUUUUCAGGUUAUCGAACAUUUUUUUUACUCUUCACUCUAAAGUAUAGGUUUGAGUGAUCUUAUGUUUACAGAAUCUUGUAAGUAUACAGAAGAUUGACAAUGUUAAUCUCGUGUUUUCAGAAGUAACUUUUUUACUGUUGUUCUAUUUGAAAAUCAGUUUUGCCUCCUUCAGUUUCUGAAGCUUUUUCAACCUUCAAAUGUGUUUUUCACCCAAUUAGCUAUUUAAAAUGUAUAGUUUUUCCUAAUUCUGCUUUUGUGUAUACUUGACUCCUGAAUAAAUGUUUACAUGUAAACAUAGCUGGAUAUAAGCACAGACCUGUUUUGCAAGUAAUAUACUAGACUGUUAAAUUACAAACCUUUUUAUAAAAUAUUGUAUGAAAUAUAUUUGAUUAAGAAAAUUGUAUUCAACAAUGGUGAGAUUGUUUAAAAUGUAUAAUUAAUAAUAAAGUUGAAUAAUGAAUCACUUCAUGUAUAUAUUAUGAGAAUAUUAAUUCAAACCUGGAAUAAAUUAUUAAAAUAGCUAUAGUUCAUAAUUUAGCUAUUUUGGUGUUUAAAAAUGUGCAUGGAAGUAAUUUGUGGAUUCUUAUACAAAGUAUUAUAAUUAAAAGAAUGUGACUUCUU